AUGGCACGCGAGCUGAUCGCGUAUAUUGAGACCGCAGACGUUCCAUCUCUGGCGAUUUUCACGAACCUGGAGCUGCUUGAGCUGCACUGCACGGAGGAUAGGGGGCAAGACCAGGUGGAUUUGAUCCCUCGAGAUCUGCGGCUGCAGAGCAUUACGACCCCAGCUCUCGAGAAUAGAUCUUACGCUCGGCAGGCGCUUCCCUGGAGCAUGUUGAACUACACAUCCGUCCGCUCCUUCGGUGACAUGAUGGCCAUCCUAGACUUCUCGCAAAACCGGGGUCUCAAGGAGCUGGAGCUCAUUGUCUGUGUUGACCCACUUCGACGUGGGUGGGGCGACUCCCUCGCUUCACCACUCUCGCGAAUUAUCACGGAACAUAAAUACCUCACCUCGCUGGUCAUCAACUGGAACAUCGUCAGCUUUGACCUCCUCAAUGUCGCGAGUCUGUUCAAGGCCUGGUAUGAUCCCGAGGAGCUCCUCGGCCGCGAACUCUUGCGCAUUCUGGAUGACCUCCCCGACGUCUCCAUCAUCACUCUGCACCAGAACUACAGCUUCUCCGCGGCGCCUCAAUCAGGCCCGAUGAUUCGGUUCUUCAGCUUGUUGCGACGGUAUCCAACCUCAGAGCCCACGCAGCGCGCGUAUAAUCAGCGUGGACGCUUUCUAACUCUGUGUCCAUGUCACGGUUCGAUAAUUACCCAUGGCUCGAGUCCCGAAUUACGGGCAUUGUGCCAACAGCUAGCGCCCUUUACUUCAGCAUGCACGACCAUCUCCUCCAGCCUGCCACCGGGUUCGGCCACGUCCAGAAGGUCCCAUUGUUCGACCCUUGACAUCGUUACUCAUGGCUUGAGCUUGAAGCCUCUGCGGGGCGACACCACGUUCUCAAAAGGCUCGUCCGCGAAUGAUCACGGUCAUACAUGUUGAAUUUAGUCGCUCUACUGGAUCCCGCUACAUGACUUCUGAAACACUGUAUUUCCCGACU